GAAUAUUUACUUUGAAUCAAAGAAACAUGUACUAGAAAAUGCAUAUAGCAAAGAUAGCUGAUUUGAAAGAUAUAUCAUGAUACAAUUAAAAAACAAAAUACAGGACAUCAUACUGACCUACUUGUACUAUUAGAAAUAGUGACAACUCUAAUUUAUAGUCAGUCGUAACGAUGCUAAAACUUGGGUCAAUGUAGUCUAUUACGGUUAACGCUUUGUAAAGUAAGUCGCGCUCCGGGAAUGCGGCCAAAAUAAUGAUUGUCGUCUAAUAAACCGAUUAAGUGGAAAUGACGCGUAUCUGUAUCGGCGAUAGCGUAUUGCAACCGAAAAUGAUAUAAAUAAAAAAAUUAAAAAUAAUGACAGAAACCAAUGAACAGUUUGGGUAUUCCGCAAAGUUGAUGCAUAUUGCAAUAAGAAAGGAUUAAUCAGGGCCCAAUUGUUUAUAACUUAGAAAUGUAUAUUGCAUAUGAUCCAUACGUAUACGUAUAUUGGAACAUUAAACACGUGCACGAGAACAUGUAUUACGAUAGCACAUGAUGCAGAGCAUUUAAUUUAUGUUCUACUUUGCGCUUUCGCAAUAUUCUAGUCACAAAUGCUAAAUAUCAGAUACACGUUAUAAAUCUCCUUUUGUAGUUCCAACAACUCCAUUAAACGAGGACAUUUUCAUUGAAACAAAGUAUUACGUAUGUAGGUUCUAUCACUGGAAUAAAUCAUUACUUCGAUUCCAUCGAUCUCGAUAACAAUCUUUUCAAACGAACCUUAGCUUUUUGUUAGUUAUUUUAAAUAUCCCGGAAGUCAUGUUCGAAUAAACAAAUUAUGUAAGGAAAUAACAGGGAUAUAAUUAAGUUGUAAUGAUUUUACGUAAUUAAUUAAAGAAAAAUACAUAAGAAAAUACGAAUUUAGUAGUUAUUCUGGUAAACGUAAGUUACUCUUAAACAAAAUUUCAUGAUUAUGAGUUAACGUAUAGAUGUAGGGGAGGGAGGGACAAAGUUAACAACAGGAAUCAGAAGGAAAUAGAGGGAAAGAAAAAUAAUAUAGAAAAGAAGGGAUCAAAGGGAAGGGAUGAGAUUGGUGUAAAGCAGUGGGAGGACUGCAUGUAGAUCGUAAAACGGAGGAUGAUGACCUCCCCUAAGUUACAAAGCAUCUGCUAAAUAAAUGAUACGCUAGUUGCCAUAAGUCUAGUUGCCCUCAGCUUCAGAUGAAGACGAGUUGGCUCUAGGAUCGGUUUGAUAGUUGUUCACCAUUUUAGCCGUUCAUGGGGCCGAAGGCCCUACAACUGGCCACGGCGUUCGUCGUGUUUCAGUUUCUUUUCCUGCGGGUUGAUUCCGUACGGACGAAAUUGAGGAAACAACGCUCGAGGCCGGUCCAAGCUCAAGAACCUGCGAACGGUGACUACAAUUACGAUUACUACGAGGGUUACGAUGACUAUGACGAGAGAAAUGAAACUGGAACCACAACCACGUCGCCACCCAUUACUUCUGUUGGAACUAAUACUGCGAAUAGGGGUGGAUUAUCGCCGGAAGGAUUACAAACCCUCUACAGAGCAUCAUUAUCUACGGAUCUACCAACGCCAACUCCAACUCGAUUUUUCCAUCAAGAAUCGUACACUACCCCUGCACGAGAUCAUCCAGCACAAACAGAAAUUGCACCCGAUGAAAGUAACUUAAUAAGUUCUGUUGCUAUACCUGGACCAAGGGGUGAACCAGGUCGGCCAGGAGACAGUGGUCGUCCUGGCGAUGCUGGAUUUCCAGGACAGCCAGGUAAUCCAGGGAUCCCAGGACCUCCAGGACCACCAGGACCUGUGCCAGAUGUAUCAAUGUACUACCAACAAUUGGGUUUGUCUCAAGCAACUCAAGAUAAAGGACCAACAGGGGCAGCAGCACCGUUAUAUGGUCCAGAUGCUUAUUUACAAACUCAAGUAGGCCCUGUUGGUCCACGUGGCCCACCUGGUUCACCUGGACCACCUGGACCACAGGGUUUUCAAGGAGUACGAGGAGAAGCGGGAGAACCUGGAUCUCCGGGACCUCCUGGAGCACCCGGUCCACGAGGACUAUCUGGUUUACCUGGGAAAGAUGGCAACGUCGGUGAAGAUGGAGAAGCUGGUCCACCAGGAUCGAUUGGUCCAGUCGGACCAAGAGGUCUUCCAGGGAUGCCUGGUCUUCCAGGUGUAAAAGGGCAUCGUGGUUUUCCAGGACUAGAUGGAGCGAAAGGGGAACAAGGUGUAUCUGGUGAUAAAGGAUCCUCAGGUGCACCUGGACCGAUGGGACCUGUAGGUCCUAUAGGUCCUGCAGGUCCACGUGGUGAAAGAGGUAGAGAAGGUCCACCCGGACCACCAGGAAUUAGAGGAGUAGACGGGAUUCCUGGACCUUCUGGACAACCUGGUGCAGUAGGUAAACCAGGACCUCCUGGUUUUCCAGGAAAUCCAGGUGUAAAAGGUGAUCAAGGGCUUCAAGGACUAAAAGGAAGUCAAGGUUUACAAGGACCUCGAGGUGAAACUGGUCGUCCUGGACAGCCUGGUGAAUCAGGACCGCAGGGACCUUCGGGAAAAGAUGGGAUACCAGGAGAGAAAGGAAGUAUAGGAGCACCUGGUUUGGUCGGACCACCUGGUUUUCCAGGAGCUCGUGGACAACCAGGAAUAUCCGGCAAUCCUGGUAUUCCAGGAGCAAAAGGAGCACCUGGACAUCCUGGUGAAAGAGGAUUUAAAGGAGAUGCAGGUGCUAAAGGCGACACAGGAAGUCCAGGACCGCGUGGCAUACCUGGGCCUCCAGGAAAUGAGGGAAAACGCGGCAAAAGAGGGAUGCGCGGUGCUGUUGGCGCACCUGGCCCUACUGGAGAACGUGGAGGUCCAGGAGCACCAGGUCUUCCAGGUCCAGAUGGACCCAUGGGACCGAAAGGUCAACCUGGAGAACGUGGUCCGCUGGGUCCAAUUGGACCAAAAGGUGCUACGGGGGAUCCUGGUCGUUUAGGGCCACCCGGUCUUCAGGGUAUUCGGGGUCUAAUGGGUCGUCCCGGUGCCCCUGGAAAACCAGGUAAUCCAGGAGAGCGAGGAAUUCAAGGAGCUGAUGGAAAACCUGGUGAACAUGGUCCACCUGGGUUACAAGGUUUACCCGGUCCUAUAGGUCUCCAAGGAGAAAAAGGAUAUCCGGGCGAGUCCGGUAAAGCUGGAGAACCAGGAAAUCCUGGUCCGCCUGGACCUAGAGGUGAUACAGGAAAAGAAGGACCACCCGGUUUACAAGGUUCACCCGGACCAUCAGGAGCAGAUGGUGAACGAGGUCCUCCAGGUCCUUCGGGUGCCAGAGGUUUCCAGGGUUUUCCAGGUGCAACUGGUAAUCCAGGAUCCCCAGGAAAAGAUGGUGAGCCAGGUAUCCAAGGACCCAUUGGCCCACCAGGUAUACCUGGUAACAGAGGUGAACGAGGAUUUCCUGGUGAAAGGGGUACACCUGGAGCACCAGGACUAACAGGGCCAAAAGGAGAAGCAGGAUCACAAGGAGCAGAUGGUUUUCCUGGAUUACCUGGACCAAAAGGAGACAGAGGAAUCCCAGGUCCAUCUGGAUUAGUGGGAUUACCAGGUUUACGAGGUUCUCCAGGUGAAGCAGGUCCAAAAGGAGAUAGAGGAUCUAGUGGCCCACCUGGUCCUGAGGGACCUCCAGGACGCAUUGGGGAACGUGGACCACAGGGUCAGAUCGGUCCACCUGGACCACCAGGUGAACCAGCAGAACGAGGGGAUCCCGGAUUACCUGGUCCUCCAGGAGAAGUCGGAGCUUUUGGUAGUCCAGGCGAGAGAGGUCCUCAAGGAUUACAAGGGUUGCAAGGUUUUCCAGGUCAACAAGGACUUAUUGGAUUACCAGGAUUAAAGGGCGACCGUGGUUAUCCAGGAUUAAAAGGAGACCAAGGGAAUCCUGGUCCACCUGGUAGUCCUGGCGAAGCUGGACCACAAGGUUUAACUGGUUUAACGGGAGCCAAAGGAGUAAGGGGUGAACCAGGUGCUAGAGGAGAACCAGGUAUUAUGGGACCUCCUGGAGUACCGGGCUUAGUUGGGCCAGCAGGUUUGCCAGGUCCAGCCGGGUCGCCAGGGCCAUCCGGAUUACCAGGCAUUAAGGGUAAUAGUGGAGAAGCCGGACGCCCUGGAAACCCCGGACCGAUUGGAAAUCCAGGUAUACCUGGUACAGAUGGAAGCAAAGGCGAAAGUGGUUCUCAAGGACCACCAGGUUCACCUGGGCCUCAGGGUUCUCAGGGUACUCCUGGUGAAAGAGGUUUACCUGGUUUACCAGGUCCUUCUGGACCGGUAGGCGCUAGAGGGAUACGAGGACCGCCUGGUGAAUCUGGAACACCUGGUAAACCGGGGCCAGAAGGUCCACCUGGAAUCCCUGGACAAAUUGGACCAAUUGGACCUCCUGGACCUCUCGGAGAAGUUGGGGCAGAAGGGCCGACUGGCAAACCAGGACCUCCUGGAAUAUCUGGACGUCCAGGAGAUAAAGGACCACCUGGAGCAGUUGGGCAAACAGGAUUACCUGGUCCACCAGGCUUACCCGGACCAUUGGGUCAAGCAGGACCUCCAGGACCAACUGGAGAAAGAGGACCAAAAGGAGAAACGGGACCACAAGGUGUGGACGGCCAACAAGGACCUAGAGGGAAACCAGGGCCUAUAGGAUUGGAAGGUCCGAAAGGCGAACGUGGUGAUGAAGGUCAGAAAGGGCCUAAAGGUCAUCGAGGAUUUACUGGUUUGCAAGGUUUACCUGGACCUGUUGGUCUACCAGGAGAGAAAGGGAUGAUAGGAUUUCCUGGACCACCUGGAAAAGAUGGAGAUCCUGGACCUAGAGGUAGUCCUGGAAGAGACGGUAGUCCUGGUCCAAUAGGUUUAACUGGCAAUCCAGGACCUAAAGGCCCUUCUGGAGAAGAAGGUCGUCACGGACCAGCUGGUCCACCUGGUCCUCCAGGUCCUCCAGGUCCUCCUGGUGAACUUGGAUUAGGAUAUGAUGCUGCUUCUUUAGCUGCUCUGUUAGGACAAGGACAAACUAAAGGACCAGAUCCAUUAAUCGGUGAUGAACCACCUAGAAUGUUUAGUCAAGACAUGACUGAAAAAGAAAGACAAGAGAUUAUCUUAAAAGCAUAUAAGCACUUGAAGUCAACGUUCCAAAAGUUCAUAAAGCCAGAUGGUGAAAAGAAUUCACCAGCUAAAACGUGCAGAGAUCUUUAUACUGCUUAUCCAAAUAAACCUUCUGGAGAAUAUUGGAUUGAUCCAAAUGAAGGAGAUGCAAGAGACGCAAUUCUAGUAUACUGUGAUGCUAAAAGACGGGCAACAUGUUUGUUACCAAGUCCAGUAUAUUCACCAGAAAUCAGACACAUUACUGAGCAAAAAGAAAUUUGGUUAAGCGAAAUGAAGAAUGGAAUGAAGAUUACAUAUAAAGCAGAUAGUAAUCAAAUUGGUUUCUUACAAUUACUAUCAAAACAUGCAUAUCAAAAUAUAACAUAUCACUGUAAAAAUAGUGUUGCAUAUAUUAAUUCAGAACAAGAAACAUAUAGACAAAGUAUGAAACUUUUAACAUGGAAUGAUGCUGAAUUAAUAUCAUAUGGGAAUCAACGUCUCAGAUAUAAAAUUCUUAUAGAUGAAUGCAAGUUACAUAAGGUUGAAUCAGGCAAAACAGUACUUUUAUAUGAAACUGAUAAAACUGUAAGGUUGCCAAUAAUAGACAUAGGUUUACAAGACAUUGAAAAGUCUCAUCAAAGUUUUUACAUAGAAAUUGGCACUGCCUGUUAUGAAUAAUAAAAUAUAAUUCUAUAUCUUUCAACAUAUUGGCCGUUUAUGAAAACAAACCUUUAAUAGUGAAACAUUUAACAAAUAUAAUAAAGUCUUCCAAUUAUUCCAUAUUUUAUGUAUUGCAAUUAGAUUGUAAAUGUAUAAAAUUAAAUAUUUAAAUAUAUAUUUUAACAUAAAUUCAUUAUAUAAAUAAUAUUGUAUUUUUUAUGUUGUCAGAUGCCUUUUGUAUAUACGUAACACAAAAAUUUUAUCAUUUUUAUGAUGCGUCAUAUUUUCAUAGCAACAUUUAUACGCGUAAAAUAUCUACACAUAAAAAUAUACGAAAUUUGAAUGAAUAAAUGCUAUAUACUUGUGCCUGAUCGUUACACUACUACACCGAGCACAAACAUAUGUAUAUGUUCAUACACAUACAUUCAACAAGUGAUUUGG